AACAUACAUAUCUCAUUAUUCCGUGCUGCGACCGUAAAAUCGUGAAUACCAAAAUAGUUAGCUAACGACUCCUCAGUACCAUCGCGGAGAGACAAUAGGUACCUGUAGUCAGGAUACAGGAUAGAGGAGACAUCAUGGCCAACCCUGGUAUGCUCUUCGUGACUAUGCAGCCUCAGCCUGAGCUGCCACUAGCACAAUUCCACGAAUGGUAUAAUAACGAACAUGGCCCGACUAGACUUCGGUUGCCGUUCUUCCAAAACGGGCUUCGCUAUCGGGCCGCCGACGGAAAGAAGCCCCAGUUUCUAGCCGUCUACAAUGUAACCUCUAUGCCGCUGCUAGAAACCUCAAUGUACAAGGAGCUGCGAGAGAACCGCUCAGCCCACGAAGCUGCCACAAUCGCUAAGGUAGACGUGGAAAGACACUUCUGGGACCUUGUCUCGACGAAGCAGUCACAACAAUUUAUCCCAAGCGCGCACCUAACGGACAUCGAAGCCGAGCGCAUAACCCUGUUCACAGUCGAGCUAAAGCUCAAAAAAGUAGCCAACGCAGAAGCUAAGACACUAAAAUGGUACGACGACCACGUAGACAUGCUAUCACGAGUCCCCGGGUGGCUGCGCUCGCGGAUCCUGCGGACAUCAAGCCUAGAGAUCGGAGCACCGACAUCGUUCAUCGUGCUGCACGAGUUCGCGAACGAGAACAGGCUCGGCGACGUAGCGAAGAACAUAUCAGAAAGCACGCCGGGCUGGGUCGACGUGCAGACCUGCGCGGAGUUAAAAACCCAACGCGUCUACUCCCUAUUCUACAUCUUCGGCCCCGCACCACGGGACCUCGAGAACCUCGCCCGCCUCGGCGGCGACCCCUCGAGUUUCGGUCCGGGCGACCCUACUAACCUGUCCGUGACCUCGAACGCCGUCAUCGACUUCACGCUAACCCUGUCGGACCGGCUCGCGGUUCCCUACAGACUCGAGGGAAACCCGGACCCCAAAGCUCCUGUCAUCGCGUUCGUGAACUCCCUGCUGACUUCGUAUCACAUGUGGGACCCGUUCAUCAAGAUCCUGAAGAAACAACGCCCGAAAUACCGUAUCCUGCGGUACGAUUUCCGCGGACGCGGGGCGAUCCCGUUCCCACGCCCCGCGACCCUGGAUCUGCUGUCGGACGACCUGAGCUACGUGAUGGGGACCCUGCGGAUCCCGAAGCUGGAUACCCUGAUCGGGGUCUCGAUGGGCGGCGCCACGACGCUGAAGUUCGCGCUCGAUCACCCGGAUCGGCUGAAUAAGUUCGUCGCGUGCGAUUUCAACGUCGCGUCCAGCCCGGCGAAUACGCAGGCUUGGAAGGAUCGGAUUGCGGUUGCGGAGGGCCCGGAUGGGAUGAGGAAGUUAGCUGCUCAGACGGUGGAGCGGUGGGUCCAUCCUGAUACGCUGGCGAAGAAGCCGGAUACGGCGAAAUGGAUUGCGGAUAUGGUUGCGGAGAAUAAUGUUGAGGGGUUUAAGACUAGCUGUCAGGCACUUUGGAACUACGAUUUAACGCCUGAGCUUAAGGAGAGUAGGUUACCGGGGUUAUUGGUUGUUGGGGAGGCGGAUGGGAAGGGCGCGUUGGUUAAGGCUAUGGAGGGCUUUAAGGAUCAGCUGGGGAAGAGCGGUGCUAAGCUCGCUGUUGUUCCUGAGGCAGGCCACUUGCCUAUGUGCGAGAAUCCGGAAGGGUUCUGGAAGGCUGUGGAAGGGUUUAUAUAGGUGUAUAGAUGGUGAUGGUUUGCAUUGGUUACGGCGAGGUUAUCGCAAGGGCUGGCUUCCUUGUUCGAGAGUGUAAGCUAUGAUGGAGAGUUGAUAUCCCUUAUGAUAGAUCUGAAUAUUCUCAGAAUUUUUACAUUUUAGUGCCUAGCUAUUAAACACUCGUAACAAUAAGAAC